CUAACAACUCAUUAAUAGAUUCUUUAAUACUCCUAACAUUUGUUGGCCACAAAAUUUGUCUACCGUUUAUGAACCACACAUGACACUACCCUACUUAGCUACGUUGGCCUUCUUUCUGCCCUUUAUUUGAUUCUAAAUCUGUAUCCUAAUCUUUAUUCUACGCAAGUUGAACCCAUCUCUAAUUUUCAUCAUUUUCUUGGAUAUAUUAAUACCACGUCUUCUAUCUAAUCACAUUUCCCCUUACUUUCACAAGGUUUAGCUGCAUUAUUGGUAUCUUUUCAUCUCUUUGAGCUGAAAAAUUCUGGGUUUUGUUCUCCUGUUGAUUAUCUCAAUUGGGUAUCUUUUAUUUGUUAAAAAGAUUGAUCCUUUGGGUGAAGAUUUACUUUGCUAUUAGAGAGAACAGAUCAUUAGAGUGAAUAAAGAAUAAAGAAGAAUGAAAAUCCAGUGUGAUGUUUGUGAGAGAAAUCAAGCAACUGUAAUAUGUUGUGCUGAUGAGGCUGCUUUAUGUGCUAAAUGUGAUAUAGAAGUUCAUGCAGCUAAUAAGCUUGCUAGCAAGCAUCAAAGACUUCAGCUUAAUUGUCUCUCUACCAAACUCCCUACUUGUGAUAUUUGUCAGGAGAAAGCUGCUUUUAUUUUCUGUGUGGAAGACAGAGCCCUUUUCUGUCAGCACUGCGAUGAAUCUAUUCAUUCAGUCAGUACUCUUGCCGCAAAUCACCAGAGGUACCUUGCCACUGGAAUUCGUGUGGCCUUAGGCUGUCUCUCCCAGUGCAGGAAUGAAACCGAAAAGAACUGCAAAGAACCCUCCAACCAGAAUACACAACAAGUUUCCUUAAAACCAACUGUUCAACAGCCUCCCAACUUCUCUCCUACAUCUUGGGCUGUUGAUGAUUUGUUGGAGUUCUCUGAAUUUGAUUCUUCCAGUAAGAAAGGGCAGCUAGAGCUAGGAGAAUUUGACUGGUGGUCAGAUAUGAAUCUAUUUGGUGAGCAAAUUGGUCAUGAAGCCUUGACAGUAGCUGAAGUCCCUCAACUUCCGAUCUCACUACCAACCAACCAUACAAUCCAAUACAGACCUACAAAGAACAGCAUGCCCAAUAAAAAGCCGCGGAUCGAGUUUCCUCGCUAUGAUGAUGACGAGUACUCCAUCGUCCCUGAUCUUGGUUGAUCUCAACUAUUACUGCUAACAAAACAGUCUCUAGUUUUAUGCAUGUAUGGAAAUGGCUGUUGAAUGUUGCAAAAUAUGGGACGAGGUCAUUAGGAUGCUUGUAAAUUAUUAUAAGUCUGUAGUAUUUUGUGGUACAGAAAGACUUAUAGGUAUUGAACUUCUUCCAUUGUGUACUAGGACUUAUCUGACACUAAUAUCUAAAUCAUGCAUGGGAGACUUCUUGUUUCUGCAAA